GCCAUAAGGUUAAUUUAUUGAAUCACCCAGACGAACGAAUGCACUCAUCGCCUGCUGGGUGUAAAAGCAGAGAUUUAUCACCUACCCCAGUGCGUGUGUGCGUAAUCACUACUAUGCUAUCAUUAUCCCGUCGCUGGCUUGCAGGGAAAAACCGGUUCGGACAAAGAAAGGGUUGGUUAACCCGCAGUGGACAGCGAUCUGCAGCCUGACGCCUGCGCUGCCUGACGCCUGCGCUAUGUGUGUGUGGUGUGUUGUGUGAGGAUUGAACAUCAUCUGUUUUGGGGUUUACUGCAGACGUUUGCUUGGUGGGGGCAUGAGUGACGAGGUUUAACAGAGGGAGACACAAAGCCGCAUCUAUUGCAACACAUUGCCUCCCCGAAGGAUCUGCGCAGCAUGUAACGGGGCCGUGUGGCUCUGCGACACGGUAUGCGUUUAAAUAGGUGACAUCCACACACGUGUACACACACACACACACGUGUGUGCGUACAGUACUGCACGUGGACACAUACAGUAAGACGACGUUCACACACGGGAACGCGCAUUCGGAGGCAGCGCAGUGUACAGAAACAAGGACUGCACGUACAAAUGCAGAACACACACACGCGCACCGCAUCGAUUAGUGAAUUGCAUUAGAACGAUAGAUUCGGCAACGUUGAAUGUAUCUACGCUCGUACGUACAUAAAUACACGUACAAUCAGUUCAGGUGGAAUACAGCACGCAUGGCCGUGCGUAACACGAUCAUCGAACGAGAGAGACGAGGAGCCGUGAUGUUAUCGAAUACACCGAACGACAGAUCAUCCGUUCAGCUGCGUAGACUUAUUGGCAAGUACUGUUAACACACGUACGUAACCUACACAUAAAAUAACACGCAUACUGCUUUCUAUACGUACACACGUACCCUUGUGUCGAUACAUAGACGCAUAAACGCACACACAUAAACAGCGCACACCACACACAUACCGACCGGCGUCCAGCUCUCUGCUAAGCGGUGAGCACAAUGAAUGGAGGUCGGCGUUUAGGCGUAUCGGCACUUCUUAUGAGCGUGGCCACUGUGAGCCUCAUCGUCAUCAUCACCACCUCGUCUCCCGGGUCAGCGAUCGGCGACGACGACCGCCGCGAAGGGGGAGACGUGGCCGCGACAGGGGCCGGUGGAGCAGAAGGGUCUCCGGGCACACGCCAGGGCCCCUUCGCUCCUACGCCGUGCCCGACCACAUGGAGUCCUCAAAGUGUCUCCCCGUCGCACCGCAAGGGCUUCACGGUGGUCUCCCUUCACUGGGACCACGUUCAGGAGCCGUACGUCAUCGCUGUGUGGAUACUCGUGGCCAGCCUGGCAAAAAUUGCCUUCCACCUGUCCAGCAGAGUGACCUCGGUGGUCCCGGAGAGCUGCCUGCUCAUCGUGCUGGGCAUUGUCCUGGGCGGAGUGGUGUGGGGCUCCAGCCGCUACGCCGAGUUCACGCUCACGCCCACGGCCUUCUUCUUCUACCUGCUGCCGCCCAUCGUGCUCGACGCCAGCUACACCAUGCCCAACCGGCUGCUGUUCGACAACCUGGGCACCAUCCUGGUGUACGCCGUGGUGGGCACCCUGUGGAACGCGGCCGCCACUGGUCUCUCGCUGUACGGCGCUCACCUCGUGGGGGCUCUGGGCCCCCUGCGAGCGAACCUGCUCGACUACCUGCUCUUUGGCAGCCUCAUCGCGGCCGUGGACCCCGUGGCGGUGAUCGCCGUGUUCGAGGAGGUGCACGUCAACGAGGUGCUCUUCAUCAUCGUCUUCGGGGAGUCGCUGCUCAACGACGCCGUCACCGUGGUUUUAUACAAAGUGUUUGACACUUUUGUGGAAGUUGGUGCCGAAAAUAUACAGACUGUGGAUUACAUGAAAGGAUUUGCCUCGUUCCUCGUGGUGAGCCUGGGCGGCACGGCGGUCGGAGUCGUGUUCGCCUUCAUGCUGUCGCUCGUCACGCGCUGCACCAAGCACGUGCACGCCAUCGAGCCGGGCUUCGUCUUCCUCUUCGCCUACCUCGCCUACCUCUCCGCCGAGAUGCUCUCGCUCUCCGCCAUCCUCGCCAUCACGUUCUGUGGGAUCUGCUGCAAGAAGUACGUGGAUGCCAACAUUUCGGUGCAGUCACAGACGACCAUCAAGUUCACCAUGAAGAUGCUGGCGAGCGGCGCCGAGACAAUCAUCUUCAUGUUCCUGGGCAUCUCGGCCGUGGACACCCACAAGUGGACCUGGAACACCGCCUUCAUACUGCUCACGCUCAUCUUCGUCUCUGUCUACCGCGUCAUAGGUGUGGUGGCGCUCACCUGGCUGCUCAACCGCUUCCGCAUGGUGCCGCUGGGCUCCAUCGAGCAGGCGGUGAUGUCGUACGGCGGCCUGCGCGGCGCCGUCGCCUUCGCGCUCGUGGCGCUCCUCGACGAGGGCCACGUGCCCGAGAAGCGCCUCUUUGUCAGCGCCACCAUCAUCGUCGUCUUCUUCACCGUCAUCGUGCAGGGUCUGACCAUCAAGCCGCUCGUCAAGUGGCUGAAGGUGAAGAGGAGCGAGGAGCGAGAGCCGACGCUGACCGAGGAGCUGCACGAGAGAGCAUUUGACCACAUUCUCGCGGCCGUUGAGGAUGUGGCUGGAGAGUACGGGCAUCACUACUGGAGGGACAAGUUCGAGCAGUUUGACAAGCGGCACCUGAGCCGCCUGCUGAUGCGGCAGUCCGCCCGGCGGAACAAGAGCGAGAUCUGGGACGUUUAUCACCGACUCAACAUCCAGGAUGCCAUCAGCUUCGUGGAUCAGGGAGAGCGGAGUGGCUCUUUGGCAUUUAUUCGCACGCCGAGCGGGGAUAAGAUGAGCAGCGUCAACUUCUCCAUGGCUCGGCUCCAGGCUCCCGAGGCUUCGAUCAGCAACAUGCUGAGGGAGAACAGCAGCUGCGUGUGCUUGGACAUGCAGGCGGUGGAAGCCGGCCGUAAGAGUGUGCGCGACCGGGAGGACAUCGUCACUCACCGCAUGCUCCAGGAGAACCUGUAUCGACCGCCGCGCAGGCACAAGCACAAGUACGGCCGCUACACGCUGGCCGGCCAGAGCGAGCAGGAUCGGCAGGAGACAGAGAUAUUCCAGAGGACCGUGCGCAAGCACCUAAGCGCCUUUGCGAGCAGCCGACACUGUGUGCAGGGCAAGGCGAAGGCAAAGGGCUGCAAGAAGAAAGCGGGAGACAGAGUGGCCAAUGGAAAGCCGCCAUCUACCAGGAUGAAACAUUCAGUCAGUUGGAUAGACACAGCAGUGGACUCAGAAGAGGACUCUGACGAAGAUGAAGGGAUCACGUUCGUGGCCAAAGGGUGCCACCAAAUCCUGAAGGACAUCAAAAACGGUUCGGUGCCGAUGGCCAGCAGCCCCCGGGAGCAGCCGCCCUCUCCGCCGACGCUGUUCGAGCGGGAGCCGCCCUGGCGAGCGCCGGCCCCUCACGGGCAGCUCUCGCCGACGGCCGAAGCCGCCGUGGCCGCCGUGGUGUCGGAGAGCGCCGGCAAGACGGUGCCCACCUGGCAUCAGAGCUUCUCGUCCUCCAUCGAGAGCCUCAACGGCGCCAAGCCGCCGCCGCCGCCGCCGCUAGCCGUCGGCCCUCGCCCAGACCCACGGGCGGUGCCGGCGCGUCCCGACGGCGACCCCGAGGACGAGGAGGGCGACGGCGCCGUGGAGCGGCAGGAGCGGCAGCCGCUGAUGGCGCCGGAGGGCUGCCAGGCGCAGCGAGCGGCGGGCGCGCACCAGUGGCGCUGCCGCCGCUCGCCGAGGACACGACGGGGGGGGGCCCUCCCGGUGGUGCCGGCCGCGGCGCCGGCGGACAAGGCCAGCGGUGAGCACGAGACGGUGCUGUGAUCGACGCCGCGGAGCCGACGGGAGACGCUGGCGCCCGUGGGCUCCCCGCGGGAGUCGGGCGCAGGCAGCGUGUUUGCGGUUUCACGUCUGCGGCGAUUUUGGUUAAUGGGCAACGUCGUGUAGAAGAGGGGUGGAUUGAAAGUGCCGUGCAGUCGAGUUUUGUUGGUUUUAUUAUUGACAUCUAGCAGAGUUUGCAGACUGAGUUAUUAAUUGCAGGAGCACAAUGAUAAUUAAUGUGUUGGGUUGCAUUCGAAUCUGUCAAUAUAUGUAUGCAAAAUUACUUUGUCACUGUAGUAAUACUUACGACACAUUUAUAUUCAAAUCAAGAUUGUAGUAAUACUAAUAAUAACGUACAUCGCUCUCUCUGCUCCUGGAUCAAAUCUCCCCGUGCCAUUUUAGUCAUUGAGGUUGUCUGAUCAUACUUCGCCACGCUGGUUUGGUGAUGAUGGGAGGACAGGAGCAGUACAUAUACAUUUCACUCACCACUGAUGUUAACCGUGGCCGGGAGUCAAACUCAGGUCACGAGGCUUAUAGUAUAGUCUGCUGCCCUCUUUAUUUAUAAUACACGCACACACAUAAUAAACACACACAUAUGCGUGUGUUUAUAUGAAUGCAGUAAACAUGAACACAGCAUAUGUUUUGCAUCUGUAUGCUAUAUAUUCUGAAUGCUCAUAAUGUAUAUAUGUGUUUUAAAGAAAACAUAUUUUGAAAAGGUUUCAGCCAAUAUGGUUAUUACAUGAUGCUUUUUCGACUAUUACUUUAAAAGUAACUAGAGGUAAGGUUAACAUUUACGUUUAGACAGUACCGUGCACAAUGUAUCACCUUUGAAUGUACAUUGUAUUUGCUUUACGAUAAAUUCCUGGCCCCCUGUCGGUUCUCUUAACAUAGUGCCUUAGCAAUACACUUACAAUGUGACUCGUUACAAUAGUGUCAGAUCGUGAACUGCUCACUCGGCAAUUGUCGUUUGUAGAAUGCGCCGUGUGAUGUUGGAGGUUCGGAUGUUAACUGCGGGAAUGGUCCGUUGAUAUCCGGUGACUCAUAUUCUUUGGGUCUUUCGGUAAAGUCACGUAGAUUGGUUCAAAUAAAAUAACAGAAAUCAAAAAAAUGACGACCGCUUUCGUUGCGAUCGAAACGUCGUAGUUUUUUUGUUAUUUUUUUUCUUGGAACCUAUCUACGUGACUUUACCGAAAGACCCAAAGAAUAUGAAUUCCUGUCGUCACGAAAGCUUUACGUCAAGAUUUAUCCGGUGACUCGUUCAACACGCUCUCAAGGUUUUUAAUUUGUGGCUUUGGUAAACGCACACAUUGUGAAACUCCGCGAUGGUAAAUCUGUAUUUUAUUAAAAGCCCUUUUGGGUUUUUUUUCUUCGACAUUCAUCAAUUGGCAGACAAAACAAACUAAGCGACGUACAUUGGCAUCCAGCCUGCCACAGCGUUCUGAAAUAUCUUAUUGCACGCAUUCGCUGUGCGUAAAACUUUUUUUUUCAUAAUAAAGGUUUUUGGGUUAGAUCGCGUAAGUAUAAAUGUGUCGUAACCCUCCACCACCCGACACGGCCAGCAAGGUUUGUUGCAUAAACAAAACGCGCCAAUUAGUUACUACUUCAGCCCACCGGUGUGUUGGAGAGUAAAUCCACAACACUUACAAUUUGAGUACGACGUUUCGCUGGUAAUUACAUCCAGCAUCAUCGGGCGAUUUGCCAGAAUCGUUAAGCAAUAUCUUACAGAACUCGAUGGUUGUAGCUGACUGGGUAAGGAUGUUGAACUUUUUUCGCACGGCCCGUAGCCAUCCGUGCUAAUUCGGCGGUGCGGGUAAGAGCAUAUGUGAAACUAAAACCUCGGGUUUUGUUUCUGGCCAAGAAACAACAACAUUUAUCUCAAUCAAUUGUGAGUCAAUUUCAAAACAAAGAGCUAGCCGCUACCUAAACACGAGCACAUGCAACAUGGCACCACACACACACACAUUGCAGCUCUAUACCGCAAUACGUUAUCAUUUAGAAUUAAACCUCGGCGUGGUUGUGAAAAUCGUUGUAACGGAAUUGUCGGGCCAAGUGGGAGGUUGCUGACAGACGUAAAAUAAAGUGAAUGGCAAACGCAACGUCUGCUGGUGUUGUGGUCGUGCCAGAAACGAGAAAGCCACUGCCAGACUUGCUAAUGUCUAAUGACC